GGUCAUUUCACAACCCAGACGCCUCCCCCGUGACGCGCCCAAUACAAAAUACCAUCACCUAACCCCCUUCAUUUCACUACCUCUCGUCGCUCCCUUAUAUGUUUCUUCACUCCGACCGGCUCGUUCACCAGCAAUCUCCUGUUCACAGUUUCACCAGAAGCUCACAUUUUCCGGGAAAAAGGAGGUCGGGAAGCUCUCGAAGCUUGGUGUAUCCGGACAUGGCUCCGCCGGUCCUGUCCUUGGUUCUGCCCUCUGAGACCGGUCGCGUUCUGAGUAUUCAAUCUCAUACUGUCCAGGGAUAUGUUGGGAAUAAGUCAGCUGUCUUUCCCCUGCAACUACUAGGCUACGAUGUGGAUCCAAUUAAUUCAGUCCAGUUCUCUAACCACACAGGAUACCCAACUUUUAAGGGUCAAGUUUUGAAUGGACAGCAACUAUGGGAAUUGGUAGAAGGCCUUGAAGCAAAUGAGUUAUUAUACUACACUCAUCUAUUAACAGGUUAUAUUGGUUCAGUUUCGUUUUUGAACACUGUGUUGAAGGUUGUCAAUAAGCUUCGCUCUGUAAACCCAAAACUUAAAUAUGUCUGUGAUCCAGUGAUGGGUGAUGAAGGAAAGCUCUAUGUCCCUCAAGAGCUGGUAGCAGUAUAUCGGGAGAAGGUUGUCCCAGUGGCUUCAAUGUUGACUCCCAACCAGUUUGAAGCAGAACUCUUGACUAACUCGAGGAUUGAAUCUGAAAAAGAUGGUCGUGAAGCUUGUAACCUUCUUCAUGCUGCGGGACCGUCAAUGGUUGUGGUAACAAGCAUAAAUAUAAAUGGUAAUCUUCUUCUGAUUGGUAGUCAUCAAAAGGAAAAGGGUCUGCCUGCCAAGCAAUUCAAGAUAGUGAUUCCUAAAAUUCCUGCAUACUUUACGGGAACAGGAGAUCUCACGACUGCACUUCUCCUUGGGUGGAGCAAUAAAUAUCCUGACAACCUAGAGAAGGCAGCUGAGCUUGCUGUAUCAUCCUUGCAGGCUCUUCUGCAAAGGACGAUUAGUGACUAUAAAAGUGCCGGCCAUGAUCCCAAGUCAACCAGUCUGGAGAUUCGAUUAAUUCAAAGCCAGGACGACAUUCGUAACCCGGAAAUCAAAUUUAGAGCUGAAAGAUACACCUUAAUGGUUUGAUAUAUACUUGAAAUGGUAUACACAGUUACUUAGAUCGUCAUGAAAACUGUUAGGCAAUGCUAUGGUCAUGGAAGUUGAAUAAAUUUCGUUGUCAUCGGAAUAUGUACAUGGUUUUUGACACUUGCAAAAAAUGGUUUAGUAUUACCCAAAAGAAAUAGUUGAAGAAUUGUUCAAUGUCUUUGUUUUUCUAUUUGCCUGUGCAAUUUUGCAACAGUAAAGACAGCAAAUUUCAUAAAUUUGAAAAGGAAUUUCAGUAUUA